GUCUGCUCGGCAUCUGUAGAUAAAUAACAGACAGACAGAGAGGAGCUGGUUUAAAUGGUUUGUCUGUUGUAGUUGUGUGAUGGUUAAACUGGUAUAGGCUCAGUAUUUAGUGAUUGGAUUAUUUGUCAGAUGUUGGAAAGCGCAAUGACAAAUCCAGUGUUCAGGGUUUUUCUCUCUGCUGUGCUCGUGUAUCAGGCUUUCUCCACUGAAUCAGGUUGUGACGGAUCUGAAUGCGGUAAAAAUGCGCUUUCGGAAAAGCCAAAGAACGCGGAGUUUCUAAAGAAGUUUAAUGAAAUGAACAUGCACACGCAGACGCCGCAACGCGCGCAUCGCAACGCGCAGGCCGCGUUACCUUUCCUUGGACUCACUGGAGUUGCUAAACAAAGUCGUACCUGCUGUAAAAACGGAGGGACUUGUAUUUUGGGAAGUUUCUGCGCCUGUCCGAAACACUUCACAGGCCGGAGCUGUGAAUAUGACGAGAGAGCCAGGGACUGUGGGAUUAUUCCACACGGUGAGUGGGUACAGAAGGGAUGUUCGUACUGCCGGUGUGGUUAUGGACUUCUGCAUUGUUUUCCUAAUGUCUUCAACAAUGACUGCGAUGACUCUGAGGAGGUUCGGUGGUAUCGUUCAGAUGGUCUCAGAUUGUUGUCCUCUCUGUGUGUUGUGUGUUUGGCCUUGAUUUUACCCUUUCUAUUGUAAACGGUGAACUGUGUGAAUCGUUUUCUUAACCAGCUUUUGUAUGAACUGUGAAGACUUUUAUUUGAAAUGUUUUUGUGGUUGUUUGAGGCAUUUAUUGGUGGCACUGAAAUGCAUUUUGCUUCCAGUGGAAGUUUUACUAUAGCUGUGUUUAAAAGCAACUGUUUAGUGAAGGAAUAUUGUGUAUAUAGGAUUUAUAUAGAAAAUAUAUUGUGUUUGUGUCAGUGCGGAGCCGGCCAUAAAGAUUUUUGUUAUUUUCUAUGUCUCUGUAUACAUUUAUUUUACCAUAAAGUGCAAUUUCCACCUAGUUUAUCAUCGUUUAUGUACUGACAGCAAGUGAGAGUUGUUUUUUAUUUUGCUAACGUCCUAAUUUGUUCUCUAAACUUUCGUUUGCUGUUCUUGUCAAUGGAGAGAAAGUCUGAUAACGCCCAGAUAUCUCUGAUUGUUGACCUUUCGGCUAUUUUCUCUUAUCUUAUAUAAACAAGUAGUCGGCCAAUCAAUCUCACCGCAGCAGCGACUAUCUUGACCUUCUAGAGUUGGGUGCAGAUUUUGAUGAAUUUGAAUGAAUUUGUCUCAUCCAAUUAAAACUCACAUCAAUAACUACAUUGACUGACUGUUUACUGACUUUCAAUUAGGCGCUUUAUCACGGGUGGUGGGAAAAAUAAAUUGGAUGGCAGAAUAUGAAUGGCUGGAAAUGAUUUUCUCAAAGAUAAAGGUGCCAAAUUGAUUUUAAGUUUUAACUUCACAGAUCAUUUUGGGGAGAUAAAGAAAUCCCAAUUCUUAAAGGCUUGAAAAGGAUUGUUGCUUUAAAGCGUGAAAAUGAUAAGUGGGGAAUAUUAUAAACUCCCUAAUUUUCCGAGCGAGUUCAUUUAUCAAGUUGAUUUCUAGUAAUUGUAAAAUCUCUGAUAUGAUCUCAUGUAGCUAAAUGUGGAAAGGCAUUAAAGUAGCAGACAGCAGAAGUCAUUUUCAUGCGAUUACUCUUGAAUUUCUCUUCCUGUUGGCUCUCAGAAACAGGCUGAACAAAUACAAGCGCUUGCCACUCUUUUGACAUUGAAAUGAUGCUCUUCUCUUUGGUAUUAAUGGGUGGGUGGGCGGGGUCUGGGUUCGAACCAUCACCCUCCCCACCAUUGUUAAUUGUGAUAAUGGCUUUAAACUGAAUGCACAAUGUACUGUUACAUGAAAAAGAGUCAGUCAAAGAGAUGCUUAUGUGCCCGUCUCAUGUGUUAAAUGACUAGGAUAUCACCCAGCCUGCUAUUCAAGAAUUAGAAACAUUACAUUAAGCUUCCCAACCACUUUGUUGAACCUGUUUUAUUUGAACUGUUGUGUGUAUUGCGUGUGUUAAGUAAUGUUAAUUUUUGUAUGCAGAGGUGGACAGUAC